AUGAAUAAAUUCAUUAUUAUUGGGCUAUUAGCUUUGGUUUGCACACAAGCCUUUGAAAUAGAUUUCUCUCUAUUAUUAUAGGUAAUGGAUGUGAAUAAAAUAAUAGACAGGAUCAGAAUCCAAUGAUGCAGUCUAAGCAGUAUAUGAUUUAUUGAAUGAUUUGAAAACAAGUAACAUUGAAGCUUAAGGUGUUGCUGAUGAAAAGAAUAUUUCAGAUGAAGAAAUUGGAUAAGCUCGAAUUGCUGCACUUUCAAAAGUCAACGAAUUAAAUUAAAAAGCAUGGGCAAGUGCAAAAGCUAGAAGAGAAUAAAUAGGAAUUGAAUAUAGAGUAACUAUAAUAUAAAAUAUUGUAUAGGAAGCAACAGAUUAUAUUGCAUGGGCUACUUAAAGAUUAGCUGAUAUUGAUAGAAGAUCAGUUGAAUUAUAAGAAUUAAGAUGUUUUUCAAAUGGUUUAUUUGUUAGAGCUAUUAAAUAACAUAAUGAUGCUUUAGGAGUUAUUAGAGUUUUAAAGAAUGAUUUAAGUGGAUAUUUAACUGGUUAACCAUCAUCUUUGGUUGAAGUGAAUGUACAAAAUGUUUCAGAUAAAUUGAAAUAAUACAGUCAACUUUUCAAUUAAGAUGCUAUGACUAAAUUUGCAUAAUUAGCUGCUGAAUAAGCUUCAGGAAAUGCUGAAUUACAUGCAUUAGGAUAAGAAGAUGGUUCAUCAUCAUCUGAUAGAUAACCAGGUCUUAAUGUUGGUUAAUUGGUUUAUAAUGCUUUAUCUGAUCUUGAAGAUUAAUUAAAGUCAUCAUUAGCUAAUUUAGAAGCUAAUGAAAUUGCUGCUUAUUAUUAAUUAGCAGAUUGGUUAGCAGAUUCAGAGUCUGAAGUUGCUCAUUUAAAUGAUGAAAUCUAAAGAAAAACAUAAUUAUAAGACAAAUUAGUAGUGGUAAUCUAUUUCAUUCUAUAAUAUAUAGCAAGAAUAAGCUGCCUUAGCCGUUUAAGCUAAAGCAAAUAGCGUCUUAAAAGAUUCCUAGAAUGCAAUUAAUGCAGCAACAGCAACAUUAUAAGAACUUAGAGAAGUAUAUGAGACAGAAUUAAAUAGAAGAAAUGGUAUUAAUUAAAUAUAUAAAUUUAGAGGAAAAUGCAAUAAUCGAUGAAGUUAUUCAUAUCUUCAAAUAAUAAGUAUUAGAAAUGGCCAAUUAAACUUCUUAUGGAAAGAAAUGA